AUGGCCCCCCAUGGAAGGUCACUUGACCGAAUACUAACUCCAGACCAGUGCCCUAUUGGGGACGAGGUUGGCUCCAGCUUGGGACCAUGUCCUGCUGUCGUCAAAAUUGAAAAUGCGCCCUACACUAUUACCCGUCAAGAGGUGAAACAGCUUUUUGGCAGAUCUACCGGACUCGCUGACAACUGGCCUAUUCACAUUCUCAUGGAGCGCUCUACUGGCAAGACAAUGGAUUUCUGCUACGUCGAAUUCAAGACCCAGAAAAGUGCUGAAGAAGCCGUUCAGCGAAUUCUGGGGAUGUGUGAAGGCAACCAGAGCCCCCGCAUUGGCAACCGCCCAGUCGAAGUCACCAUGAGCUCUGCAGGUGAACUUAUGGCGGCUAUUUUUCCUUUGGCUAAGUCCAUCAAAUGGGAGGGUGGUCGUCCUGUGCAGGCUCCAAAGCGUCAGGAUGAGCAGUGGUCGACCGGCUUCAAUGGUUUCCUCACCGACGAGGAGCUGUUCUGCACCGGACGUCAUGCGCGUGAGCCUAGCCGAAGCAUUUUCUCGUCAAAGGUACCUCAGCGUACUUAUGAGUCGAUCAUUAGCACGAUCUGGAAGUUCCCGUGGUAUGAAUCUGGUUUGUACACCGUUCACGUUCGCAACAAGCUCUUUGUAACCCUCAAGGGAAUGAUCGUCUCAUUGAUUACGCAAAUGCAACGCAAGCGAGUUGUCGGCUUAGAUGAGGUGCUUCUGGCCGAGCUGCUUCGGGCCGGCAUGCAGUGUCCUGCAUUCACACCUCGCAUGAAGUACAUUCUCGCGGAAGUGAGUGAAAAUCAGGAAGCAGUGCGUAGAAUGCACUCUCAGGCCGCUGCGUACUUCCCAUUUGACACUCUUGGCUGGCUGCAUGACAUCAAUUUCGAAACUCUGAGUUGGUACAUUUCACUUAUCGCAUUGGGUCGCCCACUCGUUCUUCCUCGCGGUCUGCAGACAUACGAUGUCAGUUACGGAAAAUCUGAACUGUUUGGCGGAUGGUGGUUUGGUUGGGACGAUGAGUCGGCCAAGCAGAUCACAUGGGCCGCUGCCGUCAACGCUGAAAUGGCGGUCCUCCGACAGAUGGUUCUUUCCGGCUACCAAGUCCAAACUGGCCAGCUGAUGGCGCAGUCGCCUAUUACUCAGGCCGCCAGCCCAAGCGUUACCGUUGCAGGUACUUCAACUUCGACCUCUUAUGCCUUGACUGCGCCCCGCUCGUUGCACACCCGCUUUUGGUCAGAGCCAUCCGCUCAGCGCCCGCAAGCCUGGAGCUCGAUGAACCGGUGGACCAGUGGUUCCAGUCCAUCUGGUGAGUAA